AUGAAGAAGGAAAUUAAUCAAAUCACCAAGGAAUGGAACAGAGCAAACCCUGAUAAACUUCACAUCAACCCAGAAGAAUUCAACGAAUUGCUCACAAGAAGAUUCUUUGUCAUUCCUUCCUUUGAAAUUUAUGGUGGUGUUGCUGGUUUGUAUGACUAUGGUCCUCCAGCUUGUGCUAUCAAGGCUAAUAUUUUGGAUUUGUGGAGAAGACACUUUGUUAAUGAAGAAAAUAUGCUCGAAGUUGAUUGUUCUUCCUUGACCCCUGAAACUGUUUUUGUUGCCUCUGGUCACGUUCAAAGAUUUGCCGAUUGGAUGGUUAAAGAUGUUGUUACCAAUGACUGUUUCCGUGCCGAUAAAUUGGUUGGUGAAUUUAUUGAUACCGAGUUGGAAGAAAACUCUGAAUUGACACAAGAAAAGACUGAAGAAUAUGCUUUGGUUAAGAAGAAGAUUGAUGACUAUGAUGGAAAGGGUCUUGAUGAACUCAUCCAAAAAUAUGGUAUUAAGAGUCCAACUACUGGUAAUGAAUUGUCUGCCUCAUAUCCAUUCAAUUUGAUGUUCUCCACUCCAAUUGGUCCAACUGGUAAAUUGAAGGGUUACCUCCGUCCAGAAACUGCCCAAGGUAUUUUUGUCAACUUUAAGCGUUUGUUGGAAUAUAAUGGUAAGCAAAUGCCAUUUGCCUCUGCACAAAUUGGUCAAGCUUUCAGAAAUGAAAUUUCACCAAGAUCUGGUUUGCUCAGAGUUAGAGAAUUCACUCUCGCCGAAAUUGAACACUUCCUCAAUCCAGAUGUUGAUGAACAUCCAAAGUUGGACACUAUCUCAUCUAUUAGAGUUCCAUUCUUCUCUCGUGAAAAUCAAACUCAAGGUUUGAACCCAGUUGACUUGACUAUUGCUGAAGCUAUGGAAAAAGGAUGGCUUACAAACAAGACUCAUGCCUACUAUAUUGCUAGAGUUAAAUUGUUUAUGGAUGAAUGUGGUGUUUUGCCAACUGCUAUCAGAUUCCGUCAACAUUUGGCUAACGAAAUGGCUCACUAUGCUCGUGAUUGUUGGGAUUGUGAAUUGUUGACUUCAUAUGGUUGGAUUGAAGUUGUUGGUAUUGCCAACAGAUCAUGCUUCGAUUUGGAAAACCACUCUAAAUACUCAAAGAACGAACUCGUUGCUUAUGAAUCAUUCGAAACUCCAACUGUUGAAGAAUUCGUUGCUGUCGAACCAGUCAAACAAAAGAUUGGUAAGAUUUUGAAGGGUGAUGUCGAACCAGUUAUGACUUAUUUGAAUUCCCUCACUGACCAAGAAAGACUUGAUUUACAAAAACAAUUAGACGAAACUGGUAAGAUUUCUUUCAGAGUUGAAUCUAUCGAUAAGACCAUUGAACUCACCAAAGAUCUCAUUGCUUUCCCUAAGCGUGAAAAGAAGAUCCUUGGUCGUAAUUAUACUCCUGGUGUUAUUGAACCAUCAUUCGGUAUUGGUCGUAUUAUUUAUUGUCUCCUUGAACAUUCUUACUGGGUCAGACCAAAGCAAGAACAUGAAAAGGAAGAAGAUAAGAUUCAAAGAGCUGUUUUGUCUCUCCCACCAGCAAUUGCUCCAUACAAGGUUGCCCUUUUACCAAUCAAGGCUGACCAAGAUCAAAUUGUCAAGAAGUUGCAACAAUCUUUGGCUAGAUAUGGUAUCAGCCAUCGUGUUGAUGCUGGUAACCAAAACAUUGGUAAGAAGUAUGCUCGUGCUGAUGAUAUUGGUAUUCCAUUUGCCAUCACUAUUGAUGACAACAGUGUGACAGCUGGUACUGUUACCAUCAGAGAACGUGACUCAUGUGAACAAGUUAUUGUUCCAAUUUCUGAUCUCAUCACUGUCCUUAAUGAUUUGAUUGACCGUAUUAAGUUAUGGGAAGAUAUUAAACAAGCUUAUCCAGAACAAAAGCAAACAGCCUCUGAUAAGGUUGGUAAGAAGCAAGUUAAAUAA